GGAUAAGUUGGGUUGAAAUUAGGGUCUGUCUGUAGUGUAGAUGAUGAUAUCCUGGAACUUGGUGUUCAGACCUCUGAGGUAUAAAGACAGUUCAGACCCGGCGCCACGUCUGAACUCAAGGGCAGAGCAGUAGGGGAGAGUGGGGUGCCCUUCUUCGUGGGGAAUUGGAUAACCUCCAUGGUCUUUGUGGUUGAAGCUGUGUUGAAAUCCACCGUUCGACUGAGAGACCUUACAGACAAUUGUAUGUGUGGGGCACAGCAAUGAGGCUGUAACACAACAAAAUGUGAAGAAAGUCAAGGAGUGUGAAUACUUUCUGAAGGCACUGUAUGCUGCAGUGUUACCCAGAGUAGAGGGUUCAGGUAUAUGCCCAUUUUCCGUGAAUACAUAAUGGUCCAUGUUAGAAAAGACACUACUUAGUAACCAAGUCAUUAUUACUUGACCCCCCACAACAACAGCUUCCCAAGCUCCGAGUGUUGCAGCCCCCGACACCUCUCCAUAACCUGUCACCAGUUACAGCCAUAUUCUAAAAUGGUUACUGCCUAGAUCCACCAACCUGGACAACCGGAUGACGGAUCCAGAACGAUGAUCCACAACCAGGACAUCUCAUGGCCAUUCUUGAGGGGGUCUACAGCUUGCAGAAAUCCUACCAGGUUAAACCAUCAGAGGGGGACUCUCAUGAUGAUCCACAAACCAGGACACCCUGUGGUCAUUCUUGUGGCUAAAUUCCAAGCUGCACUUGGGGAGGACAGUUAGGCCUCCUGACAACGUACAAAAAGCAUGGUUCUGAUCAAGAGCUACACUGAAAGUGAAAUACAUAAUUUUUCCUCACCAGCAAUAUGCUGGCCAGGAAGGGCCCACUACUACCGGAUGGGUUCUUUCUGACCCGACUGGCAGAGAAUGCCAAGCAGCCCAACCAGUUCAAAACCAAUUCCCAACGGGCCAGGUUUAUAACCAAGAAUGGAUCCUGUAAUGUGGCCCACAAGAACAUUCGCGAGCAGGGCAGAUUCCUUCAGGAUGUCUUCACGACUAUGGUGGACCUAAAAUGGCAUUACUCCCUCCUCAUCUUCACCUCGGCCUUCCUCUGCUCAUGGAUGCUCUUUGCCAUGAUGUGGUGGCUCAUGGCCUUUGCCCACGGUGACUUGGAACCCCGUGACCCAAACGGGGAGCCCGGGCCCGUGCCCUGUGUCACUGCCAUUAACUCCUUUACCUCUGCCUUCCUCUUCUCCAUCGAAGUGCAGGUGACGAUAGGUUUCGGGGGGCGAAUGGUGACAGAGGAGUGUCCGCUGGCCAUCAUGGUGCUGAUCGUCCAGAACAUUCUCGGGCUGAUUGUCAAUGCUGUGAUGCUUGGCUGUGUCUUCAUGAAGACUGCUCAGGCUAACAGGCGAGCAGAGACCCUCAUCUUCUCCCGGAACGCAGUGAUCGCACCACGCCAAGGCCGGCCCACGUUCAUGUUCCGCUUGGGUGACCUGCGGAAGAGCAUGAUCAUCUCGGCCACUAUUCAACUCCAGGUGAUCCGCCGGACGGUCACCACUGAGGGUGAGGUGAUCCCUGUCUGCCAGCUGGAUAUCCAGGUGGAGAAUCCCCUGAGGAGCAACGGCAUCUUCCUGGUGUCCCCUCUCAUCAUUAGUCACACCAUAGAACGUGGCAGCCCACUCUAUGAGGUCUCCGCCCACUCCCUGGCCACAGAGGACAUGGAGAUCAUUGUGAUUCUUGAAGGUGUGGUGGAGACCACAGGUAUCACCAUGCAGGCGCGUACUUCCUACACCCCCGAGGAGAUUCUGUGGGGCCGGCGUUUCGUUUCCAUCAUGACAGAGGAGGAUGGCCGCUACUCAGUGGACUACUCGAAGUUCGGGAACACGGUCCCUGUGCGCAUGCCCGCCCUCAGCGCCAAGGAGCUGGACCAGAUACGAGGAGUGCAGGACGGGGACGUGCCUGAAGGCCAGCUACAGGGCUGGGGAUUGGUCAGGGCUGGCAGGGGAGGGUUCCGAAGAGGGGGACGGACUUGUGAUAGCAGCUCAGCCUCCCGGCCCUGGUAUGCAGCACAGCCAGAGAAAGAGGAGCAUGUGAAAGCAAAGGAGAAGAAUGGGCAGAAGAAAACAGUUCAGCUGGAAGAGAUUGGUCGAAAGAUUGAGGUAGAAUGUCUGGGAGACUUUAGUGACAGAGAAUAGUAAAAUUGAUGUCAGAAAACAAGGUUCAUGUAUUGAUAUAAUGCUCUAGUGAAAUGAUUACCUUUAUUUUCAUUUUUAUUUGUGUAAAUAGUUGUGUUGACUUAGGACUUUAUUCAGUCCACACCACGGAAGUUUAGUUCUACAGCUGAUUGAAAUCUAAAGGUAAUGUUCCUGCUUUUAGCGGAGACUGCAUUCAUGUUAAACGUUGAAUUGUUGGCUCAAUCAGAAAUUACCUUUACAUUUAUAUUGCGGGAUCUCAGCUUUACAGAUUGAAUAGAGCCCUUUGUCAACAGUAUUGUCAUUGUUGUUUUACCUUAACAUACAUGAAGUUAAAUUGUAAGAAAGCACAAAGUGUAGACUCAAGUAGCUUAUUAUAAUGGAGAGGGUUCCCAGAAUCCUUUUUAGAUCCCACUGCAUCCCACAUAAUGCCACGGGAUGUUUUUAAUAUAUGUAUUUAUUUGUAUUUAUUGAUAACCAAUUUUUGAUGUGAACAUUAAAUUAGAUUCCAAAUGUUA